GCUCAACACAGCCUGGAUCAGUUAGUUCAGAGGUUCUGAGGAGGCACUACACAGCUCUGGGAUCCAGUUUGAAGUCAGUGUUCAUUUAGCUACUGGUGAGAUGGAUAAGUGUGUGAUGACACUCCCAGUCCUGCUGCUGUUCCUGGGCCUGGUUGUGAUGUCCCGAUCCUGUCUAGAGCCAGCCUCUGCAUACAGGUUCACUGGGGCUGUCUGUAGGCUGACCUACCCUGCAGCGGUGGUCUUAAAUGAGAAGACGACCAAGGUCAUCCAGGCUGCGUUCCAGCAUGCCAAAUAUCCAAGCAUUAGCAAUGAGAAGUCUAUUCUCUUUGUUGGAAAGGUGAAAUAUGGACUUGCCAAUCUGGAGAUCCAUAACCUGUCGAUUGGGCGGAGUGAGUUUGAGCUCAUAGCAGGUGAAGGCAUUGAGAUUGCCAUCUCCAACGUGUCUGCUGUUUUCAAAGGAACCAUCCAGUAUGGAUAUGGAAGCUGGCUUGUCAAUGUGGGACAUUCAGUAGAUUUUGAAAUUGAUUCGCACAUUGAUCUUGGCAUUAACCCCAAACUCUAUUGUGGAAAGGGGAAAGUUGCUGCAGACACAUCAGACUGCUACCUCACAUUCCACAAGCUGGAUCUCCUGCUGCAGGGAGACAGGGAGCCUGGCUGGCUCAAGAGGCUGUUCACAAACUUCAUCACCUUCACUGUGAAGCUGGUUAUUAAAAGCCAGAUCUGUAAGGAGAUCAAUAAUGUGGCAAACAUAUUGGCGGACUUUAUACAGGAACGAGCAGAGCAAUUCCUUAGUGAUGGUGACAUCAGCAUGGAUAUUGGAGUAACUUCUGCCCCUGUCAUCACAUCCAAUUACAUUGAAUCAUACCACAAGGGUCUGGCCAAAUACAACAACAUGACAGCUGUCAUCAAUGAGUCUGUAUUCGACCCCAGCCAACUGACAGAGGACCGCAUGCUUUACUUCUGGAUCUCUGAUGAGGUCUUCAACCCCCUGAUUACAGCUGCCCACCAAGAUAGACGUUUUGUCCUCAACAUCUCUGGUCUGGAGCUCACAGAACUGUUUAAGACACAUUUGUCUACCCCCAUUCCAGAGUUCCUUAGCCAGUUUCUGUCCUCUGAGGAGCCAGUGCUGAGGGUGUGGAGUGUGUCAGUGCCUCACCUGUGGACGACCCCAAUGGGCACCUAUGUCAGAGCUGUGGCUGCAGCAGAACUGACUAGCGGAGCUGAGGACAUCCCAGGACUUUACUUUGAGAUGGAGGUGGAGGUUGUAGUGACUGCUUCCUACGCCAAGAAGAAACUGAUCCUAAUCGCUACAACAUCACAAAUUUCCAUAAUGAAGGAUUCACUGUCCACAGACACACUGCAGAUGGUUGAAGCCCACAUUGAAUAUUUGAAAGAGGCAGUGGAGAAAAUAGGUGUCCCAAAAGUCAUAUCCAAACUAGAACCAAGUUUAACUGCACUACUGGACAAACAGGGAGCAAAUCUGUUUGAGCUCAUCGAACCCCAGGUUGUUUCUCAGGAUGGUUUUGUGAUUAUCCAGACAGACUUUGCCUUUCCUCAUCAUCUGCUUGUGGAAUUCCUCAGGAAGACUCUGGAGUGAUUCUAAUGUUGAGAUGGUGGGAGUGGUCACAGCCGCUCCCUGUCCCUGUGCAUCAAAUCACAUACAGUAGGCUACAGUAUACCGAGGUCUAAUGUGCAAUGUUUUGAAUGACUGUAUUAGUGGAGGUGUUGAUAAACUUACACUUCGGAAUACAAUUACUAGUUGUAUUUGCACAUUAAACAGGAACAGGUGCAAACACAUAGAAAAUUAGGCACUCUGUGUGUGAAAAGGUUUUUGAAAAGGUCAUUGUACACUCAGGUCUUUGUACACUCAUUAUGAACUUCUGUAUUGACAUGGUUGAUUAUGUCUCUUAACCUUGUCCCUAAAGCUGAAUUAGAAAUACAACUUGGCUCAAUAAGAAACAUGAUUUGUAUUUGCAUACUGUAAGUAAAGGGUUAAAUGUGACCAUGGCAGUAGGGUAUUUCCACUUAUUGUGAUUGGAUUGGUUAAUUUAAUAUUCCAUGGAUCAGGUGGCACAGAGCAGGUAGAACCGGUUCCUCUGCCAACUGCCCUGAUGUACCAGGUGUCCCUCUGCCCUCUGGGAAGAUAGCCAUUCAUCGAUAGAAGAUGGCUUCAGAAUGGAAACAAUACCAACUUGUUUGGUCUCUGAAAUGUCCCACUGAAAUGUGCAUCUUUUAAAUAAACUAAUAUAUGGCU